AUGACUGAAUCAUUUCCCGCAGCGUUGACGGGGCCAACCUCCAAAGAACGCAAGUAUGACCGUCAGUUGCGAUUGUGGGCUGCCACGGGCCAGCAAGCCUUGGAAGAUUCCCGGGUGUUGUUGGUGAACUCCGACGGCCCGCUGGGCGCUAACAGUACCGGAGUCUCUGGUGUUGUUGGCGUGGAGGCCCUCAAGAACCUGGUCUUGCCAGGUAUUGGAGGGUUCACCAUUGUUGAUCCAGCGACUGUUACCGAAUCUGAUCUGGGAGUAAAUUUCUUCCUGGAAGAGGAGUCUCUGGGCAAGUCUCGUGCGGAAGAGACAUGCCGACUGCUGCGCGAGUUGAAUCCGGACGUUCAAGGGUACUAUUAUUCCAAGCAUAUCACGGAGCUUCUCCAUGACCCAGACUUCCUGCCUCGGCAUAAGCUGGUCAUCAUCACUGGCCCAACUAAUCGUUCCUCGCUGGGCUCUCUCACCCAACAAGCACAGAGACUGGGCAUCCCCGUGUUAUACGUUCAUUCCGUUGGAUUCUAUUCAACCUUCUCACUGCAACUGGAUGCAGAGUUUCCUAUUGUUGAGACGCAUCCAGACCCAGAGACAACGCAGGACCUGCGUCUUCUGAACCCCUGGCCAGAACUUGCCGAUGCCGCCACGGCAUUCGGAGACUUGACUGCUAUGGACGAUCACAAGCACGGCCAUGUCCCAUACAUCUUGCUUCUCCUGCACUUCCUCGAGCAAUGGAAACAAUCACACGGAGGCAACCCGCCUAGCAGCUACAAAGAGAAGACCGAAUUCCGGGAAUUCGUCCGCUCAAAUGCACGCACUGACAACCCGGAAGGUGGCGAGGAGAACUUUGACGAGGCCGUGGCAGCAGUUCUCAAGACCAUCUCACCAUUCUCUCUACGCAGUUCCACUCGUGAAAUCUUCGAGAUGGAACAGUGCAAGCAAUUGACGCCUCAAUCUGCUGACUUUUGGGUUAUCGCCUCCGCAAUCAACACCUUCUACAACACACACGGUGUGCUCCCCCUACCAGGCUCCCUCCCCGACAUGAAGGCCCAGUCCGCCGACUACGUCGCACUGCAGAACAUCUACAAGAGUAAAGCGCGCCGUGAUGUGGAAGAAGUCACCUCCACGAUCCGCCAGCUUGAGUCUCAACUCGGCCAAGCGACGCCGCAAAUUCUGGAACGUGAGAUCGAGGUUUUCUGCAAGAAUGCCGCUCAUAUCAAGGUCAUACAUGGCCGUGCAGUGCCGCAGAUUAGCAGUGACAGUGAUUUGACAACGCUCAAGGCUAUCCGCAACCAGCUCAACAUGGAAGAUUCCCUGAUCUCCGUGUUCAUCGCAACGCAAGUCCUCGACGCAGUCGUGGAUGAAAUCCAGAGCAGCGGACAGCAAGAAGCUCAGCUUUCCGUUGACGACGAAGCUCUGUGGACCAGCCACACUGAACGUAUCCUGGCUCUGUUGAGUCGCGACCAGCCCGUUCCGCUUGACGUAGACGUGCGCGGGGCCAUCGCGAACGCUAUCAUGGAACUUCGUCGCGCGGAGGGCGGUGAGCUGCACAAUAUUUCGUCUCUUACGGGAGGUCUCGUUGCGCAGGAGGCGCUCAAGGUGCUUACUAGACAGUACGUGCCGCUUGACAAUACCUGUGUGUUUGACGGGGCUCGGAGUCGGAGUGAGAUGUAUCGACUUUGA